GAAAAAAAUUCUUUUAUUUUGGCCUCUUUUUUUGGCAUAAAAAAGUGUGGGCGCAGCGUCAGCAGAAAAAGUGCUGACUGCCAAGAAGGAGAACGACAGCGGCAGAGAUGAGCAGCAGCAGCGACGAUGACCUCUACGCAGUGGAGGAUGAUGCCACUGGCACCGCGCCAGAAGCCGCAGCCACUGGUGCUGGCGCCACAGACACCAAACAGGUGGAGGACGAUGACACCAUCGACCUUACUCCCGCCGCCAUUCCCGGUCACGAAGACGACGAUGAAGACAGCAGUGAUGAGGAGGUGUACGAAGACACGGCCAACGUGACCAUCAUCAAGGGCGGCACUGAGGAACCAGCCACGACUCAGGCAUGGGGUGCCACAAAACCCGACCAACCAGCACAGCCUCAAGCACAGCAACAACAACAACAACAGCAGCAGCAGCAGCCGGCGCAGCCUUCGACGCAAGCAUCCGCGCCACAACCCAUCCCGACAAAGCCCAUUGGUGACGGCUACACGUCCCAGCGGCCUACCAAGAGGUUCAACCUCAACCCCACAGCAAUGUACAAAGGCGUGAACAUCCUCGAUUUGCAGCUGGAGAGCUUGCCCGAGAAGCCAUGGCGCGAACCAGGCGCUGACAUUUCCGACUACUUCAACUACGGGUUUGAUGAGGAGACGUGGAAGGAGUACGCAAAGAAGCAAAUUGAGAUGCGCCAGGCAGCAGAGGCCAUUCGCAACGGCAGCAAAGACCAGCAGCAACAGCAACGCUCACAACAGCAACAGCAGCAGCAGCAGCAGCAGCGGCAGCAGCAGCAACAAAACCCUGUGCCGCCACAAAUGAGCAUGCAAAUGCCUCAAGGAAUGUUUCCACCUGCUCCACCGCCACAUAUGAUGCCGCCACACAUGAUGCAAGGAGGAAUGCCCUUCCGGCCCGGAAUGCCGCCAAACAUGCAUCCGCCGCCACCCAUGUCCAUGGGCUACCGGAUGGAUCGCCCGCCAAUGCCGCCGCCGCCAGGAAUGCCGCCAUCGGCACCAGGGAUGCGGCCGCCCCUGAUACCUGGCGGCGCCGGCGGGGACAUGGCACCAGAGAGCAGCGAAUACGACCGGGAGCGCAGCGCCGGCAGCAGAGACACCGACAGAGACAGAGACAGGGACGGGUAUGGGGAGCGAGACCACGACAGAGAGCGGCAUGGCAGGGAGAGGGACAGGGAGCGUGAGUCAAGUAGCAGAGACAGACGUGACCGCGACCGUGACCGCGACCGUGAUCGUGAUCGUGAAGGAUCUGAGCGCCGGCACCACCGCCACCGCCACGAGCGGGAGCACCGCGGCAGCAGCAGCAGCAGCGUCACUGCUGGGGGCGGCGGCGGUGGUGGUGGGGAUGAAGGGCAUCCAUAUGAGUACCAGCACGCGUACCCACACCCGCACCAUCACCACCACCCGUCGCACCAUCGCGGGGAGCGUGGGCGAGACCGCUCCUCGAGAGACCGCGACGACCGCGACGACCGCAGGCGCCCGACGCGGCGCCACCACGAUGACAACAGAAAACGUGUGCAUGAGUACCGCCAGGGCGCAGUGUGGCGGCGACGGUGA